AUGCAUCAAAGUGGGCCCCGUUCAGCACCUGGCUUCAACUGUCGAGGUUUGACUGGACAAAGAGCUGAGAUAUUCAAAUUUUUGCACUUUAAUGGUGAUCCAGUUGUUGGUGCGAGCGUCGAUGCUAUUCGAGCUGGAAUCCCGCGGAACGUUUUCAAUGCUUAUACAUUUGCGGAUGACAUUGAAAAUUUGGCCUCAGAGGGUCUCAUUUAUGCCACUUCUGAUGAUGAGCAUUUCGCGAUAAAUGAAUAG